AUGAGAUUAUUGUUAUCCUUAGUAUUAAUAGAAUUAUUUUGUGGAAAUAUCGUCAACACAACUGAGAAUUUAAGUGAAGAUAAUGAGGAAAUUGAUAUCGGCUUAUAAACAUAUUGCAAGAAAAUUCAUUGUAAUUCUUAUACAACUUGUCAUUCUUGUGAGUUUAAGAACUGUUGUUAAUUUAAUUUAGAAAAAAAUCAGUGUUUCAGACUGUUAAAAGCACCAUUUAAUUACUCCGAACUAUUUGAUAGAAGCAAAGUAGAAGUAAAGAAUUUAUCCGAAUAUCCGGAUCCACAAAUGAAUGUUACUUUUCCAAAAUGUAAUAUUGUUAAGGAAGUUCCUCUAUAUAAUGCUACAAAUUAUUUAUAUAAGAAUCACGAUAUUUGUGGAAUACCAAAAUAUUGUCCAAAUUAAUCAUACUAUGUUUCUGCUGAAUCUAGAAUCAUCUUCUAAAAUGUCAAAUCAUAGGUUGGUUAAGGAGAACUUUGUACAAUAUAUUUUUAAGGAAGAAUGGGUCCAGAAUUCUUGAUAUAAAUAGGAAUAGGAAAUUUAUCAUAAACUGAGGUUAAAGCAGACCUAAGUAUUUGCUUAUCCGUUGGUCUGUUUGAUGACUUUCCUUGUAUUGAUUCUCUUUAAUAAAUCAAAUUAACCAAGAGUCUUUAUUAUAGGAUAAGAGCAAAUUAAUUUAGAAUUACUUUGUAAUUCACAGAGGAUGCAGAAAUAGAUUUCUCUUAGAUAUUCUAUUAGAUUAUCAGCAUACAAAAAUUAAGUUAAUAAAAUUAGCAAUAACUAUUUUAGUUUAUUAUCAUACUUCUGCUAACAAUACUUGGAAGCAUAGUGAUAAUGGCGUUGAUUAGGACUAUUUUAAUACGGAUAUUUGGCAGAAGGUUUGUUGAAUGGUUGGAUCCAGAACCUAUUUUCCCUCAUAGAAGAAGGCAUUUCAAUGUCUUAUCAGAAUUUGAAAGAUUAAAAUCUUAGAAGCUCAUCCAUCAGAUCAAGUAAAAUGAAAUGAAAUUUGAAUAAGACAGAUGCGCUUAUUGCUUAGAAUCAUUUUAGACUGGAAUAAUUAUUGAAAUCUUUUGUGGGCAUUGUUUCCACGAACAUUGUAUAUAGAAUCAUAUGCAAAUACAAAAAAAUGUGGGAAGGUGUUCUAUUUGUUUAGUUGAUAUUAACAAAAUGAAUUAAACUCUGCAGUAAUAAUAAUUGCCAUAAGAAUCCUUGGAAAAUCAAAGUCAGAUAUAAGAAAAUUAAGGCAUGAUUAAUGAUAAUUUAUAAUGA